AACUGAAUAUGCAACCACUUAAUGAAAGUUAAAUUGAUUUUCGAAAAAAGAAACCUCUGCCUUUGUCUCUGAAAUCUCUGUUCGACAGUUCUAUAGGUAAAGUUGGAGCCUCUUGAUACUAAUACCAUUUAAUUAUGCUGAAGGCCUGUUUCCACAGUAGUUAAUUUGUUAAAUCAAUGAUUUUUCCCCUUCUUUUGGGGUUGAUCAAUCAGCAAUUUAUCUUUAAAUUUCUUCAAACUUUGUCUUAGAUCAGUAAAUAAUUGAUUUCAUUUGCAUCUUUUAUCUCAUUUUAUAUAGGGUUAUCACCCAUAAUCAUUUGACGUCUAUUAAUGCAUCUAUUUUCUACGGGCUCAAUAAGCUUGACUUCGCGUCGUUCCAAGGAAAUCCCAUCACUACCAUUGAACCUGGUGCUCUGAAUGGUUUGCCUACGUUGAGGGAUGUGCGACUUCUUUCUUCUGACAGAAUUCGCCUUCAGCCAAAUACAUUUGUUGGCCCUUCUAAGAUUGAGUUAUUAGUUGUUCGAGACGAACGAGUCUGUUGCAUCGUUCCAGAAAGCUUCGGGUGUAUAACACGAGAACUGCCACAUCCGCUCUUCACGUGUCGAAGGACAUUCCUCCAAAAUAUGACUAUCAAAGUGUUCAUCUGGAUCCUUAGCAUCAGUGCCUUGCUUGGUAAUGGGUUUGUCAUCUUCACAAGAUUGCGGGAUAAACCGACAACAGCCACUGGUACUGUUCAAUCCACCUUGAUCAGCAAUCUGGCAGUGUCGGAUUUCUUGAUGGGUAUAUACAUGUUGAUCAUUGCUGUCAUGGAUCUGUACAUUGGUGAAGCGUACUUUUGGGAUGGCAUCGGGAACGAGUGGCGAACCAGCAAUGCUUGUCAAAUCGCUGGGUUUGUCUCGUUCCUCAGCACCGAGGCAUCGGUUUUCUUGUUGACCUUGAUCAGCGUUGAUCGCUUCAUCGUCAUCCAGUUCCCAUUUAGUCAGAAUCGUCUGGGUGUCAAGUCCUCCCGUGUAUUUGCGGUGAUUGCGUGGCUUCUGGCAUUUAUUCUCAGUGUUGGCUCUCUCCUCUUAAACCAGCUGGAAUCUGACGCACACGGCCUGAGUGAUGUCUGCGUGGGACUUCCGCUCAUCCGGAAGUUCUCCUCGGUAUACUCGGAGGUGGACAGCUACACUUUGACUCGCUACGGUGUCACCACCUUCAACUUUCUUGCCUCUGGAACGUCCCCCACCUGGCAGUUCUCCAUUGCCAUCUACCUUGGAGUGAACCUCGUCAGUUUCCUGGUCAUCAUCUGCUGCUACGUCGCCAUUUUCUUCAGUGUUCGCUUCAGCAGGAAGGCGGCAGGAAAGAGUGCGAAGUCGGCCACUGAGAUCAAGAUGGCGCUCAAGAUGUUUUUCAUCGUCGGGACCGACUUCUUUUGCUGGAUGCCUAUCAUUAUCAUGGGGAUCUUCAUCCAGGCUGGUGUCAUCACUCUCUCAUCCAAUAUCUACGCUUGGUUGGUGGUCUUUGUUCUGCCCAUUAAUUCCUCUAUCAAUCCUUUCCUCUAUACCCUCAUCGAUAAAGUAACCAAAUAAGCACUGAAGUCUUAUUUACAGUACAUGAGUGAGAGUGUUUUAUCGAUGUAUUGUUUUCACAUUUUACCGAUCUCUUUUUUCUUAUAAUUUAAUGAACUAGUUCGUACAUGUAGAUAGAAUCUGCGCACCUGCAAAUAAAGCUACUGGAUUCGUGGUCAUGAACGUUAUGUAAUCAUCGAUGUACCGACAGCACGUAUUCUUUUCAAGAGGGCAAACAAAAUGUAUUCAGAAGCACCUUUGUCACUUUGGCAGUGAUUAUUCUAAAAUGCACAACUAAAGUGGAUCUUCUCCGUGUUUAAAAUAUUUGUGGAUAUUCGAGGUCAUUAUUUUGAACGUGUGCUAAGUCUGGAAACUAUUAAUGGUUAUAUUGGUGGUACAUGUAUUAAUGUAAGUAUAAUUAUGUUGAUCAAAGUAUUGCCUGUAGCACAUACAAUUUUUUACGGAGCUCUGACUUGCCCCCUGCCCCUUCGAAUAGAGGAAAGAAAAGAGAGUAAAGCGGGUGGUAUUAGUGGUUUUAGAGGGGGCUUAGGGGCUCAACCCCCCGUGAAAAAUAUUAAACCCCCAUAAUAACCCCCCCUAAAAACAAAAACAAAUAUUAUUGUUUAUACAUUUAAGCGAGGCACGAUUCGAAUUCAAAUUCAAAUUAAAAAAAAAA